GAGGAGAGAAGGAGGAGGAGGAGAGUCGGAGUAUAAAAGCUGCUCCUCCUUUCAGCUGAGUUCAGAAACUCUUCUUCACAGUAAAGUUUGUUUCCUGUCGACAUUCUGAACAACAACAUGCUGCAGCGGUGUGUUGUGUUGCUGUUCGUUUCUCUUGUUGCCAUUUCUCUGGCAGCUCCACUCCCAGAGGUGACAACAGAUGAUGAAAGAAGCGCACCACUGCUGGCUCACCUGAAUGGACGAACUACAGUCGAACCUGUGACUGCACCGCCAGAUCCUGCUGACAACCUUGACUCUGUUGAACAGACUGAAGCUCCCUCAGCAUCAGAUGACACCUCUGAGUCACCAGCUGCUCCAGACAACACUGAUGAUUCCACAACAGAGCAAAGGGACAAAGCUGAUGUUGAUGCAGAGAACACUGACUCUGAGGAACAGACUCAAGAAGUCACUGAAAGCAUGGACUCUGCUGAACCAGCAGAAGCUACUGAAGACCCUGCAGCCGAAGAAGAAACUGACGACAGCACGGCCUCUGACGACAACACCGAUGUUGACUCAACUGAAAACUCAGACAGUGACACUGAGGGCGACUCUGAGGUGACCACAGACGACAAGGACGACAGUCAGACCGCUGACAACAGCGAGGACAUUGAAAAAUCAAACUCUGACAGUGAGACCGAGGACGACUCUGAGGUGACCUCAGAUGACCAAGAUGAGACCGAGUCUGAGAAUGAGACUGAGGAGGAGAUCAAGGAGAACUUAGAGGAGGGGGGAGAGGAAGGGAGUGAGGAGCCAGAAAUAGAAGAGAUACUGAAGGAGGGAGGAGAUGAUGUAACAGAAGCUGAUAUGUCAGAGGAGGCAGAAGCAGCAGAGGGUGAGCAGGAGGUCACAGAGGAGGACAACAGCAAAGGGACUGAUGACAGCAUGGUCAAGGACAAAGAGGACAGGGAAACUCAGAGUGCAGCAGACAGUGAGAUGAGUCAGGGUGACAGUAGUGAUGUGGACAGCAACACUGAGAGUGACGCUGAGGCCAACAACCAGGACAGCAGUGACAUGCUGGACACUGAGGAACCUGAGAAGGAGGAGGAAGAGGUCCAGGACGACUCUGCAAACUCAGAUACUGAGGAACCUGAGGAGGAGGAAGAGAUCAAGGAUGACUCUGCAAACUCAGAUACUGAGGAACCUGAGGAGGAGGAUGAGAUCCAGGACAACUCGGCAAAGUUAGAUACUGAGGAACCUGAGGAGGAGGAAGAGAUGCAGGACGACUCUGAAAAGUCAGAUACUGAGGAACCUGAGGAGGAGGAAGAGAUCCAGGACAACUCUGCAAAGUCAGAUACUGAGGAACCUGAGGAGGAGGUCCAGGAGGAUUCUGCAAACUCAGAUACUGAGGAAGCUGACGAGCAGAGUCCAGAAUCUGUGGACUCAACUGAAGCGCCACUCGCUGAUCAACCAGACCAACCUGAUGACGCCAUCCCUGCCACAACAGAGGCUUUGGUUUAGACACUCAGCCUCUGAACUGUGGAAGCUCGUUGACUCCAGAUCCAAGCUCCCCAACUCCACAGAGGAAUACAGUCGCCAUGACAACAACAACAAAAACAACAAGCUAAUCUGCAACUAAACUUCAACCUUGAGCUUUCUGUUUUUUCCUCAGCUCAUUUCCUCAACUCCUGACUGGUUGCCUUUUUUUCUGGCUGCUUUAGUUUUCAUCAAAGUGAUAGAAAUGAAGAAGAAGAAAUCUGUCGUUCUCUGAUUGACUGUCUGCAUCUCUGUCCUUUAACCUGUCUCACUUUCUGCCUGUCUGUUUGCCUUGAGUCUACUGCAGAAACAUUUAAGAAGCUGCUGAUCUCAGACCUUCUCUGUGUGUCUGUCUUCACACAUUAAAAUGUACAUACAGUCCAUCGUUUACUUUACAAACAUUAAUGACUAUUUUUAAAAUGAAGUGAUGUCAGAGACACAUGAUUGUCUGUACACAGAGGAACUGCUAAUAAAGUUUGAACUGUCAGAAACUUA